AUGUCAAGUGGUGGGGCAACUAGUGUAGUGACAAUGAAAGCAACCUCAGCUGCAUUCCCACAAUCUAAUUCACAAGCACAAAAGCAACAUUCGCAAAAUAAUUUGCAACCAACAAAUGUAUUUGAUCAACAGAUUCAGUUACAACAGCAACAACACCAACACCAACAACACCAGCAACAUUUGUUACAACAACAACAAUUACAGCACAAUCCAAGUCAACAUUCUCAAUUGCAUCGACUAUCUCAGCCACAUUUAUCUGCAUCAAUUCAUCCUGUUCAAUCGAUUGCUCAAAAUGUCGUUGCUGCCAGUGGUCAUUCAACCCAUCCAAGUGUCUUUCCAAAUGCUGAAUUCUUUCAAACAUUACAACAGACUGCCGCAGCGGCUGCAUUACCAACUGUACUGCCAUACGAUCAAUCACAGUAUAUUGGUCAAUUAAUGUAUUUCCCAUAUCCCACAGCUGCUGCUGCUGCCGCAAAUGGAUUGUUCAAUACUGGACAAUCAAAUGAUACUGCUACUCAUCAUAUGUCUAUUGGUUCGUCUACACCUGGUGGUAGUGUUAGUGGUAAUCAGGCAACAAUUAUUAAUCAAGCAUCGUGUCAUGCUACUGCUGGACAAUUAUUAACUGGUGGACUUGUAUCAGCCACACCUAGUGGAAUGAUGACUUUGAAUAAUGCAACUGGUUCGAAUCAAGUUAAUAAUGCUAAUCAUCUAUUUGCAUCUGGAGCAGGAUUAGUUGGAAUUGGUGGCAGUGGCGUCGGUGGUGCAUCUGGUUCAAAUACUAUUUCUGUGUCUAAUUCCGCUUCUUUAGCACCUUUAUUUACAACUGCUCAUUUUUAUCCGCAUCAUCAUACACAACAAACUGGUCAACAACCACCACAACAACAGUUUCAAAUUCAUCAUUCAUUACAACAACCGCAUCAUCCACAUACAUCUGUACAUAUGCAACAUGUUCAAACACUUACAGGUCAUCCAGGUGUCCAUCUACAGCAACAACAACAACAGUCGACCGCCGCUGUUGCCGCUGCAGCUGCAGCUGCUGCCGCCGCCACUGUUCUGUUGCCAAGCUCCAUAUCGUCAGCAUCACAACUUAAUAUGUUAUCCUCUCAACAAACUCAUCAACCGGUGCAUUCAACUUCACAAAAUCAUUCAAAUCAUAAUAAUAGUAAUAAUAAUGAAAAUUUACAAAAAGCGGAAGAUAAACUACAAUCUACUACACCAGUGCAUACACCACAAAAACAGUCUGAUCAAGAACUAUUAUCCCAGUCUACUCAACUAGGUACACCAUCUCAAGGAAAUAAUAGUAGUUUGGAUGCUAGUUCAACUACAGUAAAACGUGAUAACAAUGGUACAGGACAUUUCGUAUGCGGUGUAUGCGGUCGAGAAUUUGGUAUGCGAUGUCGUCUUAUUGCUCAUACUCGACGUCAUACUGGUGAACGUCCUUUUCCUUGUGCUGAUUGUGGAAGAGCUUUUUCAGAUAGAGGAAAUUUACAACGUCAUCGUUAUACACAUUCAAGUCAACCGAGAUUUCAUUGUACAGUUUGUGGAAAAUCUUUCCGUCAAGCUUCAUGUUUAUCAAAUCAUCGACGUUUUCAUUGUGCUGGAGCUACAGGUCGUCCUUGUCCUUUCUGUCAACGUUCUUUCCGUUCUUCAUCCAGUCUUCAGAUGCAUAUUCGGUGGAAACAUCGUGCUGAUGCUGCGGCAGCUGUAGCAGCAGCUGCGGCCGCCGCUGCAGCCAACGGUUCAUCUUCACUUUCUGAAGCAUUCACACAUUUACCAGGAUUAACAUCAUAUGUUACAACUGCAACAGUUAACGGGAUUCCAACAAUGUCUCUAAAUGGAAGUACAACAACAACGACAACUAAUAUUGGAUCACCGAAUAAAAGAAAAUGGCGUCGAAAAUCUAAACCGAAACAAGCUCAAAACGCGUUUGGAAAAUUGACCGGUGAUGGAUUGAAUUUAUUAGCUGGGAUUAAUUUAAGUGAAGGCAUUGAUGUAAAUGCUGCCGCAGCUGCAGCUGGAGCGGCGGCUGCUGCUAUCGGUGGUCCAGUUCCAUUAGAUCGUAAAGGUCGUCCAUGUAAUUAUCCUUGUCCUGCUUGUCCACGUCGUUUUGCUUUCCAAUGUCGUCUUGCUGCACAUCUUCGAUGUCAUACUAAUAUUCGUCCAUUUAUUUGUAUUGAUUGUGGUCGUGCAUUCACACAAAGAGGUUAUCUAGUUCGUCAUGCGGCUGUUCAUAAAUUAGAUAGACCAUUUUCAUGUGGAUUAUGUGAUCGAUCCUAUAAACAUUAUGGUUCAUUAGUAAAUCAUCGACGAACUCAUAGUAAAAGUAGUGGUAAUACAACAAAUCUUAGUAAUUUAAAUCUUUUAUCAAAUUUAGGAACAAUUACAUCAACUAAUAUUGGGACAUUAUCUAGUUUAGAAGAAGUAGUCAGUGGUGCAUUAGGUCAAUCACAUAAAACUGAUUCAACAUCAGAUGCAAUGAAUAAUCAAUCAACUACAACUAUCACAUUAUUACCAGUUAGUAAAGUUGAAGAAAUUUUACCCGGUGAUCUUAAUAGUUCUAUUCAACAAGUAUGCUUAUCAUCAGGCAAUAAUAUAUUGACUGUUUCUGAAGGUCAAGAACAACAACAACAGCAACAUAAUUCAGAACAAGUAACAUCUCAUCAACUUACUGCCACUGCAGUAUGGCCAAUUUUAGCUACAGGUGGUGGAGGUGGUAGUGGUAUUAAUCAUGUUUCACAAGCUCAAUUAAUUCCUUCCUCUAUUGUACAGCAACAAUCAAGACAAGCUAUGGUUUCUGGUUCACAUUUCUCUACUAUAACGAUCUCACCUACACAAUUAGCUCAAUCUAAUCAACCGUCUUCAUCAUCAUCUCAACAACAACAACAACAGCAAUUACCACUUGUAACUGCCCCACGACCACCUCAUUUAAGUCAACCAACUAGUACAACUAUGUUAUCAACUGCUAGUGUAAUAGCUGGUAAUGGUGGUACAUCUGCUCCUACAUUUGUAACUCUCCCUUUAUUCAAUGGUUCAAUACAAAAUAAUUUAACAGAAUCUGAUAGGUCUAUUAUUAAUGGUCAAUUGACUCCUCAUUCACAUCAUCAAUUUCAUUGUCCAACAAGUACAUUGUCUGACUCAUCACAACCACAACAACAUCAUCUUCAAAUCGCACAAAGCACGGCAACAUUACAACAACAACACAUUCAAGCAAAUAAUUCAACUACACGAGUGAGCGGUGUUGAUACAAAUAAUAAUAAUAAUAAUACAGCUCCAGUACUACAUGUACUUCAACCAUCACCGAGCAUUUUCUUCUCACCGUACUAUUUACCACAUUCGGCAGCAUCUCAAAUGUAG